AAACCUCUCUCUGGAAAAACGGAGAGAGCGAGUCAGUGUCCACAAUGUCUUCGCCUACUGACGAGAAAGUAGAGACUAGAGCUGGACACCCUCCUGCGGUAAAAGCUGGUGGAAUGAGAAUUGUGCAGAAACACCCUCAUGGUGGAGAUGCUAAAGAAGAGAGGGAUAAAGAUGAUCAAGAAUGGGAAAGUACCAACCCACCUAAACCAACUGUGUACAUCUCUAGUGUUAUUGCAAGGGGUGACAAAGACGUCCCCCCUGCGGCAGCUCAAGUGGCCCACCAGAAACCUCAUCCCUCCAUGGAAAAGCACCCUCCCAGGACAACACAGCACAUCCAGCAGCCCCGCAAGAGAGGGCCUGCCCCAGUCCUGCCAGGCCGGCCCUCCCAGAGAAACAGGAUUUCUCUUAGAUUUUACAUUUAUAAAACAACAAGAAAAGGUUCAAUUUUUUUCCUGUCUAUUUCUUUAGAGAAAUUUAAGACAAAGCAAAUCAGUAGCUCUCUUUGCCUUAUGUUUCUUUGUUUACUGUCUAAAAAUAGAUUAGAUAACCAUGUAUCUUGUUUACCUAAAUGCAAACAACACUUGAAUCUCAUUCCCCCCUAAUUUAGAAUCCUUACUCAGUUUAGAUUUAUUUGCAGUGAUGUUCUUAAAAGCUAGUUUAAGUAGUACUGAAAAAGUUG